ACUCCUCUAAACCGCAAUCUAAUCUAAACACCACCACCAUCACCAUCGCCUCAAACAAUCAACAACACCAUCCUACCCACUCAACCAGAAAAAACAACCCAACCCGACCCAAACAAAACCACCACAAACCACACCAACGCAGAAAUGCCCUCAGACAAAGCCGCCUACCUAGCAGCCCACUACCUCUCCACCGACCCACCCAACAAAUCCUCCACCUCCACAAGCAAAAAACGCAAGCGCAAGAAUAAAUCAGCAGAAGAUGGCCUCAUCAUAGCCGACGACGACGACACCACCUGGGCCACCGCCGGCCGCGCCAACGCUUCUGACGACGAUGACUUCGACGGCCCCGUCCUCGCUGCGGGGGUAGUAUCAGCCGACUUCCGCAAAGCCAAGAAAUCCGGUUGGAAAACCGUCGGCGGUUCAGCAGCAGCAGCAGCAGCAAAACAAACUACAACUACAACCACAACUACGAAAACGACCAAGGAGGAUAUAGACGCCGCGGCCGCUGCUGAUGCGAUCCUAGCGCAGACAGCCGCCGAAACCGCUGCCCUGGCGCGAGAAGCAGGCGGGGAUGAUGAAGUUUUGGUGGUAGACACGCUUACCGGCGCGACCACUACAACGGUAGCCCACCGCCCACCCGAAACGCAAGCACAAGCACCGAUCAUGUCCAACGGGACGCAUGCGGGGUUACAAUCCGCGGCGGCAAUCACCGCGCAACUCAAAGCUAGACAGGAAGCUGAAAGGCUGGAACUCGACCGACUAAGAGCCGAACGCGACCAACAGCCGGAAGAAAAGGAGGAGCUCGUGUUGAGAGAUGCAACCGGUCGACGAAUCGAUGCCAGCAUGCGAAGGGCAGAGGCACGCAGACAACAAGCCGAGGCAGAACGCAAAGAAGCCGAACGCAAGCGCGCAUUAAAGGGCGAAGUCCAACUCGAAGCCGCCCGCAGACGACGCGAGGAACUGGAAGAGGCCAAGCUGAUGCCUCUCGCCCGUUCCAAAGACGACGAACAACUCAAUGCCGAACUUAAAGAACAAGAUAGAUGGAAUGAUCCUAUGGCGCAGUUUCUUGCUCCUGAAGACGUAAAAGUAAAGGGAGGGAAAGGGAAAGGGGGAAGAGGGUUGGGGAGGAGACCAACAUAUAAAGGACCGGCACCGCCGAAUCGGUACGGCAUCAAACCGGGGUAUAGGUGGGAUGGGGUGGAUAGGAGUAAUGGGUUUGAAGCGGAACGGUUCAAGGCGAUUAAUCGGCGUGAGAGGAAUAAAGGGUUGGAGUAUGCUUGGCAGAUGGAUGAGUAG